AUGGACUCGGUCCUGGUCUCUGUGAUCCUCCUCGCUCUCAGCGGUGUCCAGCAGCCCUCGGCCGCCCCGCCGGCGCCCACGGUCCACGUGAGAGCGGGUGAGGACGCCACGCUGCAGUGCCCCCUGCUGGAUGGCUCAAACAUCACCGCGGUGGACCCCCCGGCGGGCCCGUCCACCGUCAGCUGGUACAGGAAGGCAGCGGGUCAGGGGCCGGAGCUGCUCGUCAGCUUCAGUUCUGCAAACGGUUCUGUCCGGUACGGAGGCGGCGUCGGUCCGGAUAAAGUCUCGGCGGCAGCUGAUGGUGCUCUGCUGCUCCGAGGCUCCGACCGGAGCGACUCGGCGGUUUAUUACUGCGGGCUCAGCCACAGGUGUUGGGUCGUCAGCUCGUCGCCCAGCGGUCCGUCGCCCAGCGGUCAGUCGCCCAGCGGUCCGUCGCCCAGCGGUCAGUCGCCCAGCGGUCCAUCUAUUCAGGUAUUAACGUCAGUACAACCUGAAGAUCCAGAAUCUCCUCGCCUGCUGGUUUGCCUCCUGAAGGGACUGAAAUCGCCUCAGCAACCUGUUCUGUGGUGGCUCGAUGGCUCAACGGUGUCAGCAGCAGGUCUCAAAGGGACGUGGACCAAGUCAAACCGGGGCUACAGCACCACCUCAGUCUGGACGGUGCCGGCUGCAGACUGGAGACCCACAUCUUCAUACUGGUGUGGAACGAUCCAGGACGGACACCAGUACAGGCAGAAACUCUGCUCACAGGACUGA